UUUUCUAAUCUUUUUUGCCAGGCUGUAAGUUCUUUAAGUGUUCUAUAAUAAAGGAAACUAAGUUCUGAGUGCUUGGAAACAUUGUGAAGGUGAAUAACAAGUGAUAGAAAUAAAAAGCAUGUAUUGACAACGGCAUUGUUGGAAAACAGGUUAAAUCAUACCUAACCUGAAAUUGAAAUUUAUAACUGCGGGUUAUGGAAGCAAACACAAGCAAAGUUUCUGAAAAUGCUACUGCUGAAAAAGAGAGGAAUGAAGCAGCCAAGGCAGGGAAUGUGGCUGGAAGCUCCUCGGCUGCACCGCUGUCACCGCAAAUGGCGCUCCAGGCUCUGAUCAAGAAUGCAUCCCGCGACGCCAAGCUGCACUCGCUGGGGCUGGAGCUGAUGCGGGGCGAGCCCGCGUCCGCCGACAAGACGGACAACAGCGACCCGCGCGCGCCGCGGCCCUUCGACGACGCGCCCGACAUGCGCCGCGAGGACGAGCGCCUCAAGACCUUCGCCAAGUGGCCCGUCGCCUUCCUGCGCCCCGACACGCUCGCCAGCAACGGCUUCUACUACCUCGGCCGCGGCGACGAGGUGCGCUGCGCCUUCUGCAAGGUGGAGAUCAUGCGCUGGCAGGAGGGCGACGACCCCGCCGCCGACCACCAGCGCUGGGCGCCGCAGUGCCCCUUCCUGCGCCGCCGCGCCGCCGCCGCCCCCGACGGCGCCGCGCCCGCGGCCGGUCGCGACGAGUGCGGCGCGCGCGCCCCCGCCCGCACGCCCGGCCCCGUGCACCCGCAGUACGCCUCGCAGCCCGCGCGCAUGCGCUCCUUCCGCGACUGGCCGCGCUCCAUGCGCCAGAAGCCCGAGGAGCUCGCCGAGGCCGGCUUCUUCUACACCGGCCAGGGCGACAAGACCAAGUGCUUCUACUGCGACGGCGGCCUCAAGGACUGGGAGGACGACGACGUGCCGUGGGAGCAGCACGCGCGCUGGUUCGACCGCUGCGCCUUCGUGCAGCUCGUGAAGGGCCGCGACUACGUGCAGCAGGUCAAGUCGGAGGCGGCCGUGGUGCGCGCGCCCGCCGAGGCCAAGGAGCCCGCCCCCGCCCCUGCGCCUGCCGCCCCCUCCCCCGCGCCCGCCCCCGCCGCGCCCGCCGCCGACCAGCCGCCGGAGCCGCCGCUUGACGACUCCAAGCUGUGCAAGAUCUGCUUCGCGGAGGAGCGCAACGUGUGCUUCGUGCCGUGCGGCCACGUGGUGGCGUGCGCGCGCUGCGCCCUGUCCACGGACAAGUGCCCCAUGUGCCGGAGGACUUUCCAGAGUGCGGUGCGGUUGUACUACUCGUGAGGCCGCCCGGGCCGCGCCGGCCCCGCCCGGGACUCGAUGCUAGUCAUGGUUUAGUGUAGGGCGGCCGGGGCGUGCAGUGAUGUGAGGCCGCGUCUACACGGGCGGGGGCUCGCAGGCGCCUCGAGUGACCCGCCUGCGAGCCUCGGCCGGUCCCACGGGGCGAUACGGGUGCUGAAACCACUCGCCGAUUCCACAGUACGCUUUCGAUGGGAGAGGACUUGAAAGACUACGCUUAAACUGUGAUUUACUAAUUAAUAAUACCGAAGUCGCGCCGGCCCCGAUGUCGGCUGAUGGCCGCAGAGUUGACAUGAGCAGGUCGUUGCAUCUACAUGUUGAAAUGAUUUUAAAUUAUUUAUCAAAAUUCAAAUUAAGUAUAUCUGUAUUAUAACUAUUGUAAAUAUAUUUUAUGUAGCUUAUCAUUUUGUCCCACCGGCUGAAAAAUUGUGUCUUGUCAUUGUUUUCGCGGCCAUAUUGUCUUAUUUUUAUUAUCGAGGAAAGAUGUGUGUGAUCCAUUUUAAUCAAAAAGUGUGAUAAUCACGAUUAUCAUCUUUCCUUAGACUUAUUUCUGAUGAAAUCAAUAGUAAGACACAAUGUUAAAACGGACAUGUAAAUAAUGAGAAAUAUUUUUUUGUAAUGAGUAGUGCAGAAACUAUACGAAACAAAUUGUAAUUGAAUUUAAAAUAUCAAUAGCACACCUAUUCUUCUUUACUUGCUGCCAAACAAUUUCAACAAUUCUCUUAAUGUUAUUUCGUAAAAUAUUAUAAUUAUUAAUUCAAAUGCACCUCAUAAGUACUGACAUUUAACUAAAGAGGAAUAUUUUUAAGUGACUAUUAACUAUGUUCCUUUUUUAUAGUGUUCUAAUAUGACAGUAACUCUGUAUAUUAAUUUAUAUUAAAUAUAAUAGACAUAAUGAUAAGCAGAGCGAUUUAGUAAUGUUCAAAUAAUUUCGUUUAAAGACACAAACUAAUAACUGCAUUUAAUUUGUUCACUAGACAUUUCAGAAUUUAAUUGUAGCUUCAUUUAGCAAUUAUCACUACUUGGUAAUUAUUAAGUGUAUUGUAUGUAAAGUCCUGUUCAUAUUGUAGUGGGGAUGUUGAAACAUCUGAAAUGGCAAUUACCGUUUUGAGUAAUCAAAACAAAAGGUAUUGAUUUAUCUUCUGCAGCAACAUUCUUGCGUCUUCACUCUAAUAUGUACAGACUACUAAUUCGGCAAUUCGCCUUUUGUUUUCGUAAUUAUAAUUUCCAAACUGUUGAUGUUAUUAAAAGCUAAACAAUGUUA